UUUUUUGGAUACUUAUCCAAUAGGAAUAACUGUAGUGGCAAUUAUACGCUUCCGAUUGGCUAUCUGCAGAGAGAAUGCAGACAUCAUGGUCAGUAAUGCAUUUUUUCUAAUGGUGACUUUAUGCAGUUUCGUUCUCGCCUUGAUUACAGCCGCAACUAAACUAAUUGUCAGAAUCACCACCAUGGAAUCAAACCCAAGCAACAAAACAGACGGAAGCGGAAACUACUUCUGUUUUGAUGUCCGCCAUGAUGGAAUAAAUUACCUUAAUAUUGGUAGUACCAUGUUAAUGUAUAUCAUUCCUUCCAUUAUGGUCACUGCUUUAUAUACAGGACUCGUUAAUAUAUCCUCUUCCUCUAUAACCAGAAUUCAACAAUAUAGAGAUAAUAACAAUAGAAUCACAAUUAUCGAAAGACAUAAUAGCAUUCCCAACAUGUCAGCCACGAAUCGAAUACUCCCAAAUGCAACAGAGGCUAGGAAGACAGGCGCAAAAAAUUGCCAGUCGGUUACAACCCUCAUAAUGUUCUUUUUGGUUUCAACCGUACCGAUAAGCUGUAUUGAGAUUUGUCUAAGCAUAACUUACAGUACUCAACCUCUCAAAAUCUUUCUACUGUAUUUGAAGACUGUUAUGUGUAUUCUGCAUGCUAUCGGAGAAGGGGCACUUUAUAAAGAAAAACGGCGAAGGGUUAUGAUGUUCCUUUAUAAAUACCUCAGCUCAACGACCUCGACGUCUAUUGUUAGAAGGAUGUCGCGUGAUGUACUUGGGCAAGCGGUUAUAUUUCAUACCAAUGUUCAACUGUCAACGUUGAAAGAGGAGUCAAUUGAGACCAUACAUGUACCCGACAACGUUGAACAGUCAAACACAGUAACUCAAGACGAGGUUUUCACAGCGGACAUAACUCUUCGAAAGUCAUCAGCGCUCCAACAAAAUGAAUAUGAUAAGCAGUUAUAUAUAGAAACAAAUAAGAAAAGAGAAAAAAAUGAACGUGUUACCAAUAGGAUACAAGUUAAAAGUACAGAAACUUUCAAAAACUGUGGCAAUACAACGUCUGAGACAGAAGAAAAUCUGAAGAACAACGAUGGCAAAAGCCCGCAGGAAAUGUUUGAAAAUACAAAAACACCUACCAAAUGUAAAACACCAGAUAUAGAUUUAAAGCCAAGGGAUCACCAUGUACAUACGUCACCAAAAGUAGUGCACAGGUGUAAAGAAUCAGCAUUCGUGACGCGUAGUAUCGCUGGAAUAACAAGAAAGAUAAGUUCAUCCAAAAGAUACAAAUCUUUCAGUCCAAUAAAUAACUAUGCUCUUAACAGUCCAUGCAGAUUCUUUGACCAACCUUCCAUACAGUUACACAUAUUUGAUGAUAAUCCUUUGGAGUCAAACAUCCCAUUCUAUGAACAGUCAUCAGGCACAUCUUCCCGUGAUUGGCAACUACAGAAUUCAAGACAUUAAUAGUGAGUUAUGUUGACAUUGAGAAAAGAACUUUACCUGGACAUCACUUUUCUGUUCAUACAAUUUUCUAUCAAAACAUAA